AGCGUUUCAAGGGAGAUCAAGUGGCAGAAUUGGCUUCCUGUGGUGGAACCGAACCAGACCACCAAAGCUGAACCUAUUGUGUCCUGUCCUGGCCAAGGUGGGGACCUUCAUCACCAACGACCGAGGACCACCGAGCAGCAUCUCCUGAGGACAGAUUAUUUUGGGGAUACGACGUAUAUAUGUCUAUAUACCUUUAAGAAGAAUCCUGCCUCUCAUCUCCAGAAAUGCUAACCAUCAGGUUGCCUCAAAUCUUCCGAAUCCAUCAAGUCCCUCGGAUUUUCUGGGAAGAAGGUAUCAUAUCGGGGUACCGACACCCCAAAAGUUCUGCGUUGGAUUGCGUCCUCAGCUCCUUCCAACUGAACAACGAAACCGUCAAUAUUUGGACUCACUUCCUUCCAACUUGGUAUUUCUUAUGGCGGUUUGUGAUGCUCUCUUAUCGCCUGGACCUUUGGGCCGACACCUACAGCUGGCCAUUCCUGGCUUACAUGUCUCUGGUCUGCCUCUAUCCCUUCACGUCCAGCUGUGCUCACACCUUCAGCACCAUGUCCACCCAUGCGCGACACAUCUGCUAUUUCUUGGACUACAAUGCCCUCAGCCUCUAUAGUUUGGGGUGUGCAUUCACAUAUGGCGCCUACGCGAUGCCGGAUCGUUGGGUCAACAGCCUUGGGCACCACUACUUUGUCCCCAUGGCUGCCAUAAACUCUUUGAUCUGCACCAGCCUUUCUUGCUAUUCUCGGUUCCUGGAGCUGGAGUGGCCCCGCUGGAGCAAGGCUGCACGGAUGGCCGCUUUCGUCUACCCGUUCUUCUUCGACAACAUCCCGCUCUUCUUCAGGUAUUGCCACAGCCACCAGCUGUUCCACAUCUGUGCCGUGGUGGGCACCCAUUUCCAGUUGGAAGCCAUCCUGGGCGACCUGAACUCUCGGCGGACAUGGCUGAGCGCCCACACCCCGCCGGGCAUGUUCACCCAUACCUUCGCCAUUCUGGGUGCCACCAUGCUGGGCAACCUUGCCCUGUUUUCUGCCUUUGCCAUGGCCCUCUUCCGCUUGCCAGCUUCCAUCCGGAUCCUGCAGGGCGGCCUCCCCGAGUCGGAGGGCGCCAAGGAGAAGUAGAUGCCAGGGAGCACCGCAGUGCCUCUUCUGGACCAGCGGGCACUGCCAGCUCACCGGUGAUGCCUUCAUACCUCAAGAUCGCCUGGGCGUGGCGGACAAUGGAACCUGGGCCCUUACUCCAAUCCUGAGCACCUUAACCACGUGGUUAGCCUGCUGUCUCUCCGUGCCAAUGUCCUGGGUGCAAGUUUAGGCAGUUCUCCCUGUACGGGAAGCCUCGACUUAUAACAGGUUCAUUGAGCGACCGUUUGAACCUACGACGGCGCUGGAGAAAAAGGGCUGUUUUUCAUACUUGCGACCGUCCGGCAUCCUCCAGGGUAUGACCCAUUUCUCACACUUCGUUGUAGCAUCCUGAUGAUCACUUUAACUCGGACGCUUGGCCACUGACUCGUAUUUAUGACGGUCGAAGUGCCCCGCGAUUCCCCUUCGGCGACCUUCUGACAUGUCAAUGAGGAAGUUGGAUUCAC